GCCCCUGCGCUCCACGCUCAGUCCCGGUCGCCUUAGCGGGGUCGCGGAGCCGGCAGGGGCGAAGUCCCCAGAGGGAGGGCGAGCCUGGACGUGGGUUCGCGCGCCAGCACCCCCUGCGCGCGCACGCUCUUCCCAUUUGUCUCCGCGCGCGUGCACGCCCCUUCUCGUCUGUCUCCCGGCGCGUGCACGCCCUUCCUCUCCGCCGUCUCCCCGCGCGUGCGUCCCGGUCGGCCGUCAGAAAGGCACGCGCCUCGCCUCGCCUUUAACGCGGGCCGAAGGCGCGCCGCCCGUAUGGCUUGCGAUCCGCGGCCGGUGUGGGCCUGGCCGGGCCUGGGCUGAGGCCGAGUCAGCCGCGGGGUUCCGCAGCCCCGGACGGCGCCCAUCAUGCGGCGGCUGCGGCGCCUGGUGCACCUGGUGCUCCUCUGUCCCUUCUCCAAGGGCCUGCAGCAACAGCGUCCCCUGUUGUUUCUCAGUCUUCAUGUUUGCAUUUUGGACAAGUCUGAAGGAAGCAGCUGAUUGCCAGGGCCAGGCGGGCCCCAGGAGGAGAGGUCCACAGAGCCAUGUCCCAGAAGAGGGAUCUUCUACGGGAAGAACCUUAAGAAGAGCUGGGCGUUGUUCUUGUGAAGGAGGUUCCUUUCUGCGCUAGCGCUGAGGGAACUGGGGCAGAAUGUAGAUUUGAGUUCAGCACGACUCCCAGAUCCAAAAGUGGGGUGUUGGCUGGUUCCCUUCGCAGACUCUCUGGCAGCUGGUAGUCAGGAGGCCACAGGAAGCCCUUGAUAUCAAUCAGUCUAGUCCUCUCAGGCUCCCCGCUGAGCAGCUCUCGGGCUGAUCCGAUUGGGACAUUUGGCCCUGUGUGGCACAAGCUGUCCCUUCCUCCAGAGAUGCCACUUUCCAAGGGCCGGCUCCCAGGCCUCAGGGUCAAGUAUGUUUUGCUGGUCUGGCUGGGCAUCUUCGUGGGCAGCUGGAUGGUCUAUGCGCACUACUCGUCCUAUUCGGAGCUCUGCCGUGGGCACAUCUGCCAGGUGGUGAUCUGUGACCAGUACCGCAAGGGCAUCAUCUCUGGCUCCGUCUGCCAGGACCUGUGUGAGCUGCAGAAGGUGGAGUGGAGGACCUGCCUGUCUUCAGCCCCAGGCCAGCAGGUAUACAGUGGGCUCUGGCAGGACAAGGAGGUGACCAUCAAAUGUGGCAUUGAGGAGGCCCUGAACUCCAAGGACUGGCCAGAUGUAGUCCUGCGGCGGGAGCUGGUGCUGUUUGACAAGCCCACACGGGGCACCUCCAUCAAGGAGUUCCGAGAGAUGAUCCUCAGCUUCCUCAAGGCGAACCUAGGAGAUCUGCCCUCCCUGCCAGCGCUGGUUGACCAGAUCCUUCUCAUGGCGGACUUCAACAAGGAUAGCAGGGUGUCCCUGGCGGAGGCCAAGUCUGUGUGGGCCCUGCUGCAGCGCAAUGAGUUCCUACUGCUGCUGUCCCUUCAGGAGAAGGAGCAUGCUUCACGGCUGUUGGGCUACUGCGGGGACCUCUACCUCACUGAGGGCACCCCCUAUGCCUGGCAUGGGGCAGUGCUGUUGCCUGCCUUGCGCCCCCUUCUGCCGUCUGUGCUGCAUAGGGCUCUCCAGCAGUGGUUUGGACCUGCAUGGCCCUGGCGCGCCAAGAUCGCCAUUGGGCUGCUGGAGUUCGUAGAGGAGCUCUUCCAUGGUUCCUAUGGUACCUUCUACAUGUGUGAGACCACACUGGCCAAUGUGGGGUACACGGCUACCUAUGACUUCAAGAUGGCUGACCUGCAGCAGGUAGCGCCGGAGGCUACUGUGCGCCGCUUCCUUCAGGGCCGCCACUGUGAGCAGAGUUCUGACUGCAUCUACGGGCGAGACUGCAGGGCCCCUUGUGACAGGCUCAUGAGGCAGUGCAAGGGUGACCUCAUCCAGCCCAACCUGGCCAAGGUAUGUGAACUGCUGAGGGAUUACCUGCUGCCUGGUGCUCCUGCAGACCUCCGUGAGGAACUGGGCAAACAGCUGCGCACAUGCACGACACUGAGUGGACUGGCCAGUCAGGUGGAAGCCCACCACUCACUGGUGCUUAGCCACCUCAAGACCUUGCUCUGGAGGGAGAUCUCCAACACCAAGUACUCUUAGUGCUGCAGGCUCCAGCCAUCAUCAUCCAGCUAUGGGUGGAGCACCCACUUGGGAAGUCUCCCCUACCCCUCUCUCCAGCAACCCAGCAGGUGGGGCCCCUCUGAAUGUAAAUAAAUGGCUUUUAUG